AUGCCUAGUAUCAAUUCAAACUAUCAUAUUUCUUUAUCAGUUGAUCAAUCAACAAUGUAUUAUUCUCAACAUAAUCAUUCAUCACAACAAUAUUAUUAUCAAGCAACUCAUCCACAACAACAACAACAACCAUCUCAUUUUUAUCCAUAUCACUCAUCAUUGUCAUUAACAAAUGCAUCUUCAAAUUCUAAUGAUCAUCAACAAAAACCUACUAAACGUUCACUAUUAUUUUCAACAGAUGAUUCAAUACAAAAAAAAUUUGAGUGGAAUGAACUUGAAGUAACUGGUAAUGUUCGCAAUUUAUCACCAACAUUAUGGACACUAUCACAAUUAACUGUUUUAUAUUUAAAUGACAAUCAAUUAAUACGAUUACCAUCUGAAAUAGCUUGCUUAACUAACCUAGUCACACUUGAUCUAUCAAAUAAUAAAUUGAGAAAUCUUCCAUCUGAAAUCGGUGAUUUAAUUACAUUGCGGGAAUUGAAUUUAACAAAUAAUUUUAUUCGAAAUUUACCUUAUGAAAUGGGUAAAUUAUUUCGUUUACAAAGUUUAGGGUUAUUGGGAAAUCCAUUACCAAAUGAAAUUUUUACAAUUUAUUCUGAAUCAAAUGGUUUACAAAAAUUAUUAGCUUAUUUCCUAGAUCAUUUUUCGACGUCUCUCAAUGGUAUAAAAAGAAAAAAGAAAAACAAAAGAAAAACUUUUAUAAGAUUGCCAUGA